AUGCCCUCCAUGUUUGAGCGUAUUACUAAGAAGAUAGUCAAAGAGCUUGGAGACAAGGACAUGAGUCCUGUCAAAUCCCUGCUGAGUGCCACCAAAUUCCGUGAGUUUGAUAUAUUACGCAGGAAGAAAUCUCUCUCAUUGUUUUGGGAACAACCUGACAUUCCAGCUGAAUUCUCCCUCAAGGACAUCCUGGAGUCAAGUCCUUCAGUCCCAGAUACUGUUGUGACAGGACCAUUUUCCUUUGGUGUCACGAUGGUCCAGAAGCAGAAGGCUGGUGUGGAUGUGAAAGCUGUUGUGCAACUGAGUGCAUCUAGGGUGGCUAGUCAGUUCUGUGAAUCUUUUCUUGAGAUUCAGACUGUUAGAAUCCCACCCCAAACCCUAGAGGACCUUCAACAGAGGAAACUGUUGGAUCCAGAGCCAUCAUUUCUGCAGGACUGCUGGAACAGAGAGGACGACCUAUAUAUGGUGACAGAGGUCGCUGAAUUGAUCAAUAGUACUGUGCUGUGUGGUAGCAGUAGUAAGAAUGUUUUAGGAAAAUUUUCCCUGUGGAUUACUCCUGGCAAGAAAGAUGGGGAGACUUACAUCUACCCUCAAAGAACUUAUUGCCAAGUACCUGUUGAACAAGACGUUCUCAUCUCAGAUGACGAUAAGCAGAAAACCUUCCCAAAAGAUUUCAAGCGUCUGCAACAGGAGGUUUCCCGGAAAGUGGAGGCACUGGCCCAGCUCUCAAAGGACUUUCAGAAUGUCGUGUUCCAUAGUAUCCUGGCCAUGCUUGGGGAUAGAGGGGCUCUGCAGGACCUGAUGAACAUGCUGGAAUUGAACUCCCGGGGUCAUUUGGAUGGCCCUGGUGGUGUCAUCCUAAAUGAACUGUUUCUACAUUCUGAUGCAAAGUACGUCAUUCUUUACCUCCUGGAAGCCCUGAUGGCCUUCACCAAGGCCCCCACGUCCCCAGCCCUGGACACGGCUCCUUUUGCCCCUAAAGAGCAGUCGUCUCUGUUGGUGAGGGCCAAGAGCUUGGUCAGAGAGCUGGGCAGGAAGGACAAGCUGGUGCCCGUCGACAGCCUGAGCAGCUCCCCAUGCCUGCGCCCCUUCUGCCUGGUCAGCAUCGAAGUGUGCACAAGGCCUGGAAAAGCACUGGCCCUGGGGAGCCCAGGCCCUGAGGAGGCCCGGCUGGGGCCCCUCCAUAGCUCUCCUCUUCUGCCCCCUCCCGCACCUUGCGGGAAGCUGAGGCCGCUGAAGCCCUCGUUCCUCAGGGAGCUGCAGAGCCACAUGGAGGGGGAGAGCCUGUACGUGGUGUCAGAGGCCGCAGAGACCGUGCAGGACACACUUCAGAGCCUCGGCUGCCCAGAGGGAGCAGGGCAGCUGUCCUUCGUCAGCCCAGGCCAUGUCCAGGGUCAGAGCCACAUGGCCAAAGAGAAGACAGUGACUGUCCUGCGGGGCAGUGACUUGUCCUACAGGAUGCUGCAUCUGGGGAUCAAGGAGGAUCACUGGGGCCUGCAGAGCCAGGCGGGGGCACAGUUGCAGGUCUUGGCCAUGCUGCCCCCAGAGCUGCAGACCAUGCUGCUGGACACCCUCCAAGAGUUGCUCAGGGACCCUCGGGCACUCAGGGAGCUGGAGGACAACGAACUGGCCAAAGGAAGAGCUGGCAUGAGAUAUGGGGCUGAAGAGAAGCAGCAGCCAUUCGCCUCUGAAGGCUCACAGCAGUCAGAUUGGGUGACGAGCAGGUGCGAAGAUGCCCAGCAGGUUCCACGUGUCCUCCACUCUGUGUCCACUGCUUCCUCCUGCCCUAACCCUGCCGACCAGCAGGGCUCUCAGCCUAUCACAGGGUGCAGAGAGGCAGAAACUCGAGGUUCAACAGCUUUCCAUGGCGACCCCUUGCGGUCCCUUUACCGCCAUGUCCAUGGCUUUCAUCCCUGCUUCUUCCACCUAGCUGCAGUCUCUCCAUGCUGUUGUUGCAUGAGCACAUCAGACCCCACUGCUGCCUCAGGGCCUUUGCACUAG